CCUCCCACCGGUUCUCUCGUUUCACCGGGUCGAGUGUCAGAAGCGCGCCCAAACCCCGACAGCACUCGUGCGCCCUCUAGCUAGGCUACAGCGCAGUGCAGCUACAACAGACGUGCUAAUGUUCUGUUAAUCUGUCGAACAACAUGAAGAUCAUCACCUGGAACAUUAAUGGCAUCAGGACCUUCGGCGGAGGCGUCAAAAAGACUCUGGAUUCACUGGACGCGGAUGUUAUCUGUGUCCAGGAGACGAAGGUGACGAGAGACCUGCUGGAUGAGAGAAGCGCCAUCGUCGACGGAUACAACUCCUACUUCAGCUACAGUCGAGGACGCAGCGGAUAUUCAGGGGUCGCCACGUACUGUAAGGACAGUGCCACUCCGUGUGCUGCAGAGGAGGGUCUCACAGGUCUGCUGACCGGCCACGAAGGGGCUGUCGGUUGCUACGGCGACCACACGGAGUUCUCGGGUGAAGAGCUGCAGCUGUUGGACAACGAAGGACGAGCCGUCAUCACACAGCACAGAGUCAUGUGUGAGGACAAGGUUCAAACAGUGACUGUGAUCAACGUCUACUGUCCACGAGCGGAUCCCGACAAGCCGGAGAGAAAACAGUUCAAACUGCAGUUCUACAAGUUGCUCCAGUGUCGGGCUGAAGCUCUGCUGAAAGACGGCAGCCAUGUGAUUAUUUUGGGAGAUGUGAAUACAUCCCACCGGCCAAUAGACCACUGUGACCCCAGUGACGUUGAUCAGUUUGGUGAGAAUCCUGGGAGGAAAUGGUUGAAUGUUUUUUUGCACCAACCAGACGAGGACAGGAACGAGGAUGAGGAGGAGGAGCCCGAUGAAGAAUCUGAGGGUACGUCGACAGAUUCCGUCCGUGGAGGAAAAUUCGUGGACACAUUUCGCUAUUUCCACCCGACUCGCUCAAGCGCCUUCACAUGCUGGUCCACGCUCACCGGAGCGCGGCAGACCAACUACGGCACUCGCAUCGACUACAUAUUUGCCGACCGCCGGCUCGUCAGGGAGCAGUUUGUGGCGGCAGACAUCAUGCCCGAGGUGGAGGGCUCGGACCACUGCCCCGUGUGGGGGCGACUGCGCUGCCCUCUGGUGCCCAGCUCCAAGCCUCCGCCCCUCUGUACUCGCUAUCUGCCCGAGUUUGCUGGCAGGCAGCAGAAACUCUCCCGUUUCCUGGUGAAGGUGGAGCCGACGUCAGUUGAGAGGGGUGAGUUACCUGGAUCUCAAGAGGAGGAGGAGAGGAGAGAGAAUUUAAACCCACUGGCAGUUGGAAAUGUCUCGGGUAGAAAACGGGCAUUAGCAUCAGCUCCUGUCGUCCCGAAGGGGAAAAAGACAAAGACAGUGAAGACUUGUUCGAAGCCACAAGGCAGCCUCCUUUCCUUUUUCAAACCCAAACCAACGACAAAUGCUGUUCCCGCUCCUGACGCUCCGGCCGGGCAGUGUGACCAAAUCACUUCGACACAGAACUCACACAAAGCGUCUACAACCGGAGAAACUGUCCAGACGGAUGGAGGAUCCGAAGCUACAGAGGAUGAGGGUUCCUCACAGAGGAGUUGCAGCAGCACCGCAGACAAACACGACAGACAGGCGAAGACGCCGCAGCCCGACAGAGGAGCGUCGUCGCUCGUGUUCUGGAAGUCGAUUCUUCACGGACCGCCUCCGCCGCCCUCCUGCAAGGUCCACGGGGAACCCUGUGUGCUGCGAACCGUGAAGAAGGAGGGGCCAAACAUGGGCAAGCAGUUCUUCGUGUGCGCCCGUCCUCAGGGCCACGCCUCCAACCCCGAGGCGCGAUGUAACUUCUUCUCCUGGGUCGAGAAGGGGAAGUGACGACGAAGUGUCUCAUCAUUUCACCGAUUUUUAUUGUUGACUUGUUUGUUUUUUUCUUAGCUGAAUAAUAAAAGACAGUUUUUCUUAUACUUUCAAA